GUGAAGGCAGAGAGAAAUUGACUAAUUAGCAAUGCGCACUAAAACUUGACGGUUCUCUCUAUAACAGCGAGGGAAAGAGUCGGGGUUUUUCUCCCCCCUUUUCUCUCUUCCAAAGAUGUUUGAAAUCGCAGUCAUUUACGCUCGACAGUUUUUACAAUAGCCUUGAGCCAUAAUUUUGCGAGUCUCUCCAGCAUCCAUACCCCUGCAUGGUCUCUCUCCACCGGCCAUGCACGACCGUUUCUCUCCCCAACCGUGGAUUUCCUAUUACUCUCGUUACGACUCACUGAGCCCCAGGCCCAAGGAUAAUGAUGUGUUGUUUCUUGGUAGCAUAAUUUGUCACACGUAUAUUUCUUCUUCUUCUCUUGCAGAAAGCACAGCUCCCUCUCAUACACUCACACACUUCUUGUUAAUUCAGAAGAACAAAUGAUCAACGUCAACAAAUAAGCUGAAAUAGUGACUUUAAGAAGUGGAAUCAAUGGUUAUUUGGAGACAUCUCGAAACAAAGACUUUAAAGGAAAGGGAUAUUCUUUAAAAAAGAGAGAACAAAGGAACAUUUGGAAGAUAUCUGGACUUUCUUUCUCUUUUUUUUUAUUUUGUCGUGAAGAGCAGAAGUCAGGUGGAGUUCAGAGGCAGGAAGUCAUGUCCAGAUCGGGUGAUAGAACAUCCACCUUUGACCCAACGCACAGUGACACCUUGCUGCAUGGGCUCAACCUCCUGUGGAGAAAGCAGCUUUUCUGUGAUGUGACUCUCACUGCUCAGGGACAGCAGUUCCACUGCCACAAAGCUGUGCUGGCAUCGUGUUCGCAGUAUUUCAGAUCCCUCUUCUCUUCCCAUAAUGUUAUUAGCAAUGAGGGAAGCAAGGGAGAUCAAGGCAGCAGUGGGACUCCCUCUUCCUCCCCUGAUGACAAGCUGGUGACCACCAGUGCCAGGCCCAUCAAUAACCUGGUCCUACAGGGCUGCUCCUCCAUUGGACUACGCUUGGUUUUGGAGUACCUCUACACUGCCAAUGUUACUCUUUCCCUAGACACAGUGGAAGAGGUGCUUUCAGUCAGCAAGAUCCUCAACAUCCCCCAGAUAACCAAGUUAAGUGUGCAGUUCCUCAACGACCAGAUCUCUGUGCAGAACUACAAGCAGAUCUGCAAGAUUGCUGCUCUGCACGGGUUGGACGAGACCAAGAAGCUGGCCAACAAGUACCUGGUGGAGGAUGUGCUGCUGCUGAACUUUGAGGAGAUGUGUGCCAUGCUGGAUGCCCUGCCUCCACCGGUGGAGUCAGAGCUGGCUCUCUUCCAGAUGUCCGUCCUCUGGCUGGAGCAUGACCGGGAGACACGCAUGCACUAUGCUCCAGACCUCAUGAAGAGACUGCGGUUCGCCCUCAUACCUGCACCAGAGCUGGUAGAGAGGGUACAAUCUGUGGACUUCAUGAGGAGUGACCCUGUGUGCCAGAAACUACUUCUGGAUGCCAUGAACUACCACCUGAUGCCAUUCAGGCAACACUGCAGGCAGACCAUGGCAAGCAGAAUCCGUUCCAACAAGCGAAUGCUGCUCCUGGUGGGUGGUUUGCCUCCUGGACCCGAUCGUCUUCCCAGCAAUUUGGUCCAGUACUAUGACGAUGAGAAAAAGACAUGGAAGAUCCUCACAAUAAUGCCUUACAACAGUGCACAUCACUGCGUGGUGGAGGUGGAGAACUUUCUGCUGCUGUUGGGUGGAGAGGACCAGUGGAACCCAAAUGGAAAGCACAGUACUAAUUUUGUCAGCCGCUACGAUCCUAGAUUCAACAGCUGGAUUCAGCUGCCUCCCAUGCAGGAAAGGAGAGCCAGUUUCUUCGCCUGCCGCCUGGAUAAGCACCUGUAUGUAAUCGGAGGUCGGAAUGAGACGGGCUACCUCUCUAGCGUGGAGUCCUACAACCUGGAAACAAACGAGUGGAACUACGUGUCUUCUCUGCCGCAGCCUUUAGCGGCUCAUGCAGGAGCAGUGCACAAUGGCAAGAUCUACAUUUCAGGAGGCGUACACAAUGGCGAGUAUGUGUCCUGGCUCUACUGCUAUGACCCCGUAAUGGAUGUGUGGGCUAGAAAACAGGACAUGAACACAAAGCGAGCUAUUCAUGUCUUAGCUGGGAUGAACGAUCGUCUGUACGCCAUUGGUGGAAACCAUUUGAAAGGUUUCUCCCAUCUCGAUGUCAUGUUGGUUGAGUGCUACGACCCAAAAGCUGACCAGUGGAACAUCCUCCAGACACCUAUACUGGAGGGGCGCAGUGGUCCAGGAUGCGCCGUUUUGGAUGACAGCAUCUUCCUCGUGGGUGGCUACAGCUGGAGCAUGGGGGCCUACAAGUCGUCAACCAUCUGCUACAGCCCAGAGAAGGGUACGUGGACGGAGCUGGAGGGAGAAGUUGCAGAGCCUUUGGCGGGCCCGGCCUGCUCCACGGUCAUCCUGCCCGCUUGCCUACCAUUCAACAAAUGACAACUAAUCCAGCCGGCGGGCAGUGAGGGGGACGGACAGCAGCAGAGUGAUUGGGGGGAGGACCGCCAAUAAA